UUAAUAUUAUCUCCAUCAUUGAUUCUAAUCAUUUUUCCACCAUACACAUGAAUGAAAGUGAUGUCAUAUAUAGUGCACUAAUGAGAAUUAAUCACAUAUAUAGUGCACUAAAUCCCAAUAGAAAACACCAAUUCCAAAAGAAGUAAGGUUUAUUCAAACUUUGUGGUAGUUGUUCAAAAAUGGAGAAAAGCACGUCGCCAUUUGUUAAGAAGCACUUUGUGCUAGUUCAUACUGGAUUCCACGGAGCGUGGUGCUGGUACAAGAUUGUGGCAUUGAUGAGAUCUUCAGGCCAUAAUGUCACAGCUCUUGACUUGGGCGCUUCAGGGAUCAACCCGAAACAGGCCCUUGAAAUCCCAAAUUUUUCUGAUUACUUGAGUCCGCUAAUGGAGUUCAUGGCUUCACUCCCUGCAAAUGAAAAAAUAAUUCUCGUAGGUCAUGCCUUAGGUGGACUCGCCAUUUCUAAAGCCAUGGAGACCUUUCCAGAAAAGAUUUCAGUUGCUGUAUUUCUCAGUGGUCUAAUGCCUGGUCCAAAUAUCGAUGCAACCACCGUCUACAAUAAGGCAGCUAGUGCAGUGAUAGGUCAACUGGAUAAUUGUGUUACAUACGAAAAUGGACCAACGAAUCCUCCAACCACUCUCAUCGCAGGUCCCAAGUUCUUGGCAACUAAUGUUUACCAUCUGAGCCCAAUUGAGGAUUUGGCGCUGGCCACUGCACUAGUGAGGCCAUUUUAUUUAUAUCUCGCGGAAGAUAUUUCUAAGGAGAUAGUUCUUUCAAGCAAAAGAUAUGGAUCCGUUAAGCGAGUGUUCAUUGUUGCUUCUGAAAAUGAUGCCUUCAAGAAGGAAUUUCUAGAAUUGAUGAUUGAAAAGAAUCCACCUGAUGAAGUGAAAGAGAUCGAGGGGUCUGACCACGUGACCAUGAUGUCUAAGCCCCAACAACUUUUUACUACUCUUCUGAGCAUCGCUAACAAGUAUAAAUAAAGAGCUAUUAGGAUCUUCUUCACUGGCAUAGAAAAGUUCAGUAAGCCGAGAUAUCUGGACAAACAAAUAAAGUUUGAGGGGACAAUUAUCACUUAUAAUAUGUCAUCAUAUGUCAAAUCUAUUUCAUUAGAAAACAAGAUAUUUACUCAAAUAUUGUAUGACUAAAAAGCUCACUUGUUCCCCCCAGUAAAUAUAAUAAGAAUAACCUAUUCCUUCUAA